UUCCAUUCGAGUUCAUGCGUAGUAGAGGAAGAAACAUCACAAACCAAGACAAUUGAUAUAUCGCAACACAUAUAGAAAUUUUGUGCAAUUAUAGAUCCAAUUAUUCUUGUAUUAUUCUAACAAUGGCUUCGAUAACGGACCUUUCCGAAGAUGUCAUCGAGAUAAUUCUGAAUUGUAAUAACAAUAUCAGUAUCAAAGAUAUCGUAAAUUUGACCGCCACGUGCAACCAUUUUUAUCAGAUGCUCGGAAAUAACAAUACAUUCUGGCGACGGAUGUUUUAUCAGAGAUGGCCAGGUUUGAAAGAAGUUUGUCAAAAAGAAAUGCACAGAGAAGACCUAGAUUUUAAAGAAUUGGUACAAGAACGAGAAGAAUAUAGGAAAGAAUUGCGGCAUAAUUUGAGACAAAUAAACAAACAGUACUACAUCCAUUAUCAUCAGACCUUGAAAGCAUAUAUAACGGCCCACAGACUGCGCCUUCGUUCUGUCAAACAGAACGAAGGUCCUUCUUGGAUCCAUUAUAUGCAUGUAUUCCUCGAUGAAAUUUUCGUGGAUGAAGAAAAGCUUGCUCCUCUUCUAAUUCUAUUCCUUCAUCCAAAUGAGACAACACAUGAUUUGACCAAUUAUUUUCUUGUGGAUGAAUUAACAAGUUUUGUACCUCAAUGCUCACAGAAUGGACACAAUGAUGACCUGACAAAUAUUUAUUAUGCUAAAGAGUUUCUGCCACAUCUGAAGCAUCGUCAUUUAGAAAACGUGUGGCAAGGAUUCAUAAAUCGCCCUGUUGAACAGCUGCUAUUGGAAAAAGUGGCAAUUUUUAGUGCAGAAUGGUAUCAGCCGGAAAAACGUAUCUCUUAUACGCAUAUAGAAGGGGAGCUGGAGAAUAUUGCACAACAGGUAGUGGAACAUCUUAAAAGUGUGAAUCCCAAUCAUCCAAUAUUCUUCGCAUCGCAAGAACAACUCUCGUUUUGGAAAUGCCAUAAUAUCGAUGAAAAUCAAUGGAACAACAGCGAUGGAAGACAGAUUCUAGAUAGUCUGUGCAAGAUAUUCUUUUGUGAAACUAAACUAAAUUUCCGUGCAGUUACAUAUUGGAGACCAGUAUUUCUCAAAGAAUACGUAUUACUAAAUUGUGUUUUAGAAAAGAAAGUUGGUUAUACUGCAUUGCUGGCAAUCAUAUUCCAGAGUGUUGCAAGAAGACUUGGCAUACGCUGUGAUCUACUAUCUUUUCUUAUCUUAUCUUCUGCUCGAACAGAGAAAGACGAAAAUUAUUGGUUAUUAAAAUGGAAACCAAAAUGGAAUCUCACAAAUCCUGACGAACAGUACUUUUAUAUCGAUGUCUUACAUGAUGGAGUCAUUCUAAAUAAUAAUAACUGGUCCAGAAUAUGUGAGGUUGCAGAAUGUACCAUAAGUUCUGAUAGAUAUUGCAGAGUAAAUAUCAUCGAGCUGAUAUUAGACUUGAGUUACUAUUAUGCUAAGGCAGUAAGUUCUGAUACUGCUGUUAUAUAUGGAUAUUAUGAUGAUGGCUUCGAACACAUCAAGAAAAGAAUGUAUUGGUGUUUGAGGCUUCUAAAUUUGAUAAAACAAGAAGACAGAUACCUGACGAUCUUAAAGUCUUAUAUAAGAGGCCAAGAAUAUAUAUGUAACUUUAUACAGGCUGCGGAAGAGGUUGAAUCUGAUGAUGAAAUUAGAAAGGAAAGCAUGAAGUUAAUACAAGAUAUAGCAGCCAGUAUGAUGUCUGUGGUAGGUGAAAAAGAAAAAUACGCACUCAAACCAAAGAAGAGAAAGGCUGGAAUGAAAUUCGCAGUUGGAAUGAUCGUGAAAGUUACCGAUUCGUUUCUUGGGCGGAUAAUAGUAGGCCCGAUAAUCGGAUGGGAGGAGAUAAGUUUGAGCAUGAUAGAGAGAUGGUGGUGGAGAGCUGAAUCUUUAUACUACAUAAUCCUUUGCGAAGAUGAGACAUAUUUGGUCCCCGAAGGGGACUUAGAAAAGGUAGUGUCGCCGGAACCUCUGAAAACCGACAUAGUCGGCAUAUAUUUUUCCAAAUUCAAAGAUACUUAUUAUAUGCCAAAUAAGAUUCUGGCAAAUGAGUAUCCAGAGGAUGUACUAUAUUUAGCUAACAACGAGGCUAACAAAUUGUAGCUUUUUUUCUUGUUAUGUAUUUAAGAUUUAAAUUGUGUUUCUAUCAAAUAUAUGGACGAAUAUCAAAACUAUAAUGUAUAAAAUGCAUAAAAUAUUAAUAAUCAAAAGCAAUGUUACGUACGUUUGCCGUAAGAUCGUGAAAAAGAAUCCAGCGAAAUCUAUCGAAGUAUAUAUGUAUGAUUCUUAUUAUGAUUAUGAUUAUUUCACUUUGUGACGAGGAUGAAUUAUUGCUUGAAAAUGUAUCCGUUUUAAUAUAUUAUACCAAGUAACUUGGAUAGAUGGAGAAAAAUAUGAAAAAAUGAUGGCGGAAAUUUUUCGAAGAUUGUCAUGUUUCUUAUUUGUUUUUUAAUAAAGGCUCAAGUUUUCCCAAAAA